AUGAGCUCAUCCCUAGGCGUUCCUCCCUCUGAUGCUGAGUUUGGCGACCCCACGCCUUCUGGCCUUACACCCAACACCCGUUCCGAGGUCGAAGAAGCCUUUUUUCAAAACACCCUGAAGCAGACCGACUCAGCAGCCCCGGACUCAACCAUCGCUACCGACGAAGCGCGUACUGCGUAUCGACGACCAGGCGUCGUUCGAGCUAGCUCUCACAACUACGAGAAGGCUCUAAAGAUGGCACAUGCGCAAAACUCAGUCUCGUCAAACCUGUCCACACAUACCGAGUUGCCCGACAACAUCACGGACGAGGCAACAGUCACAUCACCAUCGCAGUCUUUGCCGUUUCCAGUACCAGGCCAGGGUGUGGUCCCCGACUAUAGCGCGGUCGGUCUUGCACAAGGGGAUACCCUCAAGAAGUCACGGUCGCGAGGUUUGAGUCUUGGUGCUCUUGCCCAGCAGCAAACCUGGAACGAGCAAGAUUACAGGAGAUUAUACAACGCAGAUCUCAUGACCGACGCCAAGCAGGGUGCUGGAUAUGCAUCUGGCACUGAGAGGAAGCCAUGA